AUGGGUAAAAAGAACUCUGAAGAUUACAGCGGACGUUCCUCUAAAUCGCAUGGACACAAAGGCGCUAGCGCCAAGAGCCAUGGAAAACCUCACUCUAGUAAAGGAUCUCGAUAUGACAAAUAUGCAGAUGCCAGUUUGAUUGCUCCUGGUACAGAGCAAGGGCAAGGUAUCAAUUGA